AUGUAUAUCCAUCUCCGUCCUCCGAAACAAUUGCAUUUACGUAAUAUCAGUACCACCAAUGACCUUCGAAAAAGAUUAUCUGAAAAACAAUGGAAUAAUUAUGUUAAAGCCACUAAUAAAGCAUUAGAAAAAGAACAACUUCGUCAACAAUACCCACCAUAUGAAAUUAAACAGUAUUUACAAACAAGAACACUUAUCAAUUACCAAACCAGUAUUGAAGAAUUGAAUACCAUCAUAUACAAAAAACACCGUUCAUUAUUGUUUUGA